ACAUUAUUCUGUUUUACACAAUUUGAUAACAAACUGCGGGUGAAUCAAAGGGUGAAACGCAGAGUAUUUAAAGAAAUUACACGCGCACUCGGAGCACUCUUGUCCUGUAGCCAGUGAAAACAAACAUGGGGGUGACUCGUGGACUGCAGUUUAUAACACUUUUCCACAUUCUGCUAUGCUGUGAAUCUCUUCCUCGCACGCAAAUGCAGUUUGACAUCGAACACACUUGGGACAGCAACCCUGUAAAUCAUGACCCCCUCAAAAUCACCUUCUCUCCUGGGUUAGGAGGCCUGAAGGUGGAGGUGUCUGGUCCAUUCUUCAAUGACCCGGCUGCUCCUGCAGGGCCCCCAAGCCAGGCCUUCCCUGGACUGUGGAAUUAUGAAGUUGUAGAGACCUUCUUCCUUGAUAGUACUACAGAAAAUUACCUGGAAGUCGAGUUUUGUCCACAUGGACAACACCUGAUAUUACUACUGUCAGGAGCCGGCCAAGCAUUCCUGCAACAGCUUCCCAUGGUAUUUAACACCAAGAUCACUGGAGACAGAUGGACAGGUGAGGCUCUCAUCCCUUGGACAUACUUCCCUCCCAAUGUCAACAAGAUGAACUCCUACGCGAUCCAUGGCUCAGGAGAGAAUCGUAUAUAUGAGGCUCUUUAUCCCAUCCCCAAGGAGGAGAUAGCCGAAGGACAAAUGCCUAACUUUCACCGGCUAGAGUAUUUCAAAGAUUUUCGCCUGCAGAGCAUCAUGGGAGAGGGUUGGGUCCAACCACCAUCUGAUCUAUGGCUUGGAAAGCCUUAAGCUUCUCAGAAACACUCCUCUUUGCCUGUUUCAUUCUUGCAGACACAUAUCCACAAAAAUCCUCUAAAACAGCAGCAGGGCAAUAGGAUAAACACUCUCUGACAGGGAACAAAGGGCAAUCAAUCUUUAUUAGUUAAUGAUGUCAAACGAUAUGACAUGAAAUAUGUUAUCAGCUUGUCAGAUUGCGUUAGUCUUCACACACAUCUGUGCAAGCACACAAACAUGCACUGCAAGAUAUUGGACGUCGCCACAAAUUGCCUGAGCAGAGCGUGACCUACAACACUUGUACAGUGGAGGAAAGCGCACAGCUUAAGUGUUUGACUUCAGUGGGAUAAUUCCUUGCAAUUCCUCGUGAUUCUAAACCCUAAAUGUUGAGACACUGAUAUUAAAAAAAAAUAAAAAAAAGAAAAUGUGCGUUCUUUUGGUUUGUCUUUAUUGUCAUUCCAUUACUAUGAUUAAUGUCCUUUAUAAUGACAUCUUUUUACAUACUGCUGCUGUCCUUUUUCUGUGAUUGAUGUCACUUUAAUUUUAUGUCUGAUGUUUGAUUAUGUUUCAUUCCCAUGUCUGUAAAAUAAUUAUCUGACAUUUUGUGGUAUAAUCUUUUUCACCUUUUGCCUGGGGGUUAGAUAUGAAGAUCAGUGUCGUCCUCAUGUAUAGAUGCCAUUUAUGUGGCUAGAUGGUUUAAUUUCUGACUUCUUCCCAAAACUUUAAACUGCUCCAGUAACUUUACCAAUAUGAAUACCCAGUUCCCUUCUUACAUAAAACGGCUGUAUGAUAUGGAUCUUAGUGGCAGAUAAAUAUUCAUAAUUAAUAGCUGAUGAAUUUAUUACUCUCAUAUAUACACUCACUAGCCACAUUAUUAGGUAUACCUGUGAAACCACUGUCAACUCUACUACUGUUUGCAUUAAUAUUAUAAAGAUGUUUUUUCACCAUAUCAAAACACAAGAAAGGGUGAAAUAUUAAGAAAUUUUAUCUCUUUAUUAAGUACAGAGGAAUUUACUUUGUAUAGGGUUGCAUUAGAUAUGCAUCUGUACCUGUACUUAAAAAAGUGUCAGUGAGUAUAUAUAUCAAAGACCCACUAACUCAAUUUUCCACCCACUUUCUGAAGUGGAGAUCACAGACCUUCAGAUCUCCGACAUACACUGACACACACAAACGGUGAUUGGGGACUUACAGAUCUCUGUGUUCUCUCCAUGACCCCCAAGUCAGUCCCUCUUGCCCCCACUGCAGCUCCUUAUAGAGCCUGCAUAUUUAUCAGAGACUCCUUUCAGAUCACUGACUGGCUAACCUCAUCUCCUAACCCAUAGAUGGGGGGGGGAUUGAUUUUCAUGUUGGCAGUGUUGCUCUUCACUGUGGCACCCCAAAAGCCUAUAUUGAGCCCUAUCAGUUUUAAUUGGCAUCCUCGUCUUUGAAAUGGGUGCAGUGAUUAGGCUUGGAGAGCCCACCUCUUAAGCCUCAUCCUUAUCAUCGCCUGCGGUGAUUUGCCACCACACUGAACAAUAUUCACGAGCACACACAUACACACAGAAUGGUCACACUAUGCAUGAACAUGUCUCACAAAUAAAAUGUUGACCUAAAA